AUGGACAGAUUCAGCAAUAGGCCGUCCUUCAGUGUCAGCAACAUCGCUGCAGAUGCAUUCUGGCUGGGCACUCUCGGAAUUGCCAUAAUUGGUUGGGGUGUUUCACUCAUUGGCUCUCUGAUCGCCAAAACUUCGGGGGCAGAUUUCCCAAAUUUUGCCUGGUGGUCCUUGGCUUACCUCCUAUUGUCUAUCAUUGGUGUCAUCUAUGUCGUUGGCAGUGAUGCAGUCAUCAUGUACCGCACAGCUGCGUCCAGUGCCCUCAGUGCUGGCUUCGUCUUCGCGGCCUCCGCGAUUGGCAUCCUCGUCUACAGAUCGGAUGGUGGUCAGCAAGCAGCUGGAGCAGGCUUCAUACUUCAAGCCAUCGUCGCGUGUGUUUGGAUGAUCUAUUUCGGUAUCGAGCCUCCGAAUGUCUCGCGCGAAAUGAAUGCAUACGCCAUGCACAAGGAGAGUGCCGUAUCUGGUCGCAACAGCCGCGCUAUGCGCCAAUCAUAUCGACCAGACACAAUGAACUCUCAGCAACCUCAGCAAAUGUACAAGCCGUCGACGCUUGCAGGUUUUGAGACAUCAUCGCCCAUCACCGCCUACCCCACUGGGCUGCAACCCGCUGGUUCAGUGCGCAGCACCGGCGGAUUCCCGUCGCAGCCAUCCCAAACCAAUCUUCACAUGCCGCCUCAGCAACAACAGAUCCAGCAGCAUGUCAUGCAGUCUGAUGCCAAUAGCAUUGCAGGAAACACAGCCGUGGCACAGGACACAACAGUGCCGCAACCGACUGAAUACCCAUACAAAGCCAAGGCAAUUUAUGGCUACAACGCCAACCCGAACGAUGCCAACGAAAUUUCUUUUGAGAAGCACGAGGAGCUCGAAAUCAGCGACGUCUCCGGACGAUGGUGGCAGGCCAGAAAGGCCAACGGAGAGACUGGCAUUGCACCUUCAAACUAUCUCAUCCUGCUAUGA